CUCUAUUCAGACUUGUUAUGAUUAAAUACACCUACGACGAGCACGGAUUUGCAUUUUACUAUUUCAUUCUCUCGACUCUCUUACUCUGCUUGGUGCCUGCUACAAUCAUCGCGCUUUCCGAUGCGUGGAAGAACAAACAACAGCCGCCCAUUGAACAUCACAGCUGCGCAUGCCGACUGUGUCAGCAGUUUCGAAGCAACCACGACGAUUAUAAUUCUGCGAUUAAGAAAGUCCUUCAUCCAAAAAAAAUCUUUUUGGUGAUGGGCUGGAUCGUGGUAGGUUUACUCUUACAUCAGGUGUCACAUGCGGAUGCUUCUCAUGGCAUUUGGAACCCUUACGAGAUUCUCGGUAUUCACGAGGACACGCCCAUGGUCGAUAUCAAGCAUUUGUACAAAAAGUUGAGCUUAACAUAUCAUCCCGAUAAAGCACAGCCUGGAUCGGCGGAAGAGCACAAGAAACGUUUCAUGGAUAUCACGGCUGCUUAUAAAGUUUUAACAGAUCAUCAUACACGAAAAAAUUAUGAAACUUAUGGCCAUCCUGAUGGACCGCGCCCGUUCUCUAUGGGAAUUGCGCUGCCAAAAAUCCUCGUGGAAGGAAGCAAUCGCACGAUUGUUCUCGGUUUAUAUGGCUUGGUAUUUGGACUUGGCCUACCUCUUUGCAUUAUACGUUGGUGGUUCCAAUCACGUCGUUUGACCAAAGAUAAGAUUCUUCAUGUGACCAUGUCCAUGUUUGUGAAAGAACUGAAGGAGGAUAUGGAUCUCAAAGCUAUUCUUGAGAUCAUUUUUGCAGCCAAGGAAUUUGAAGAAACGGUCCAUAUUGAAUCGCAGCACGAACUUGAAAUAUUGGAAAUGAUCGACACGCAAAUCGCGGAGCAAUUGGAUCAUCGAUCUGCGGAGAAGUAUUCCAAAGACACUGAGAAUGAAUCACCAUCCCAUCGAAAAGCACGCACACUACUUUAUGCUUAUUUGCUUCGACUGGAUUUCAAUCAACUGGAAGCCUCGGACUAUCGAACCAUCAGAAAAGAUCAACGUGAAGUGGUGAAAAAAACCAUUCAUUUACUGCGAGGACUAUCCGAGAUUGCCAAAACCAAGCAAUGGCUUAAAAUCAUGGUCCACCUGAUGGAAAUGAAACAGUAUCUGAUCCAGGCCAUCUAUCCCGGUGAACCACCCAUUUUACAACUGCCCCAUAUUACGGCACAUAUGCUAUCACGUUAUCAGCUUAUUCGGAACGAGCACAUCACCACAAUCCAGCAGUUUUUAGGUUUGUCCGAAUCGGAUCGUCAACUGUUCUUGGAACCACUGACAGAACAUGAGCGUGAGGAUGCCAUGCAUGUUGCAGAAACCAUCCCCAAGUUAUGUGUGAGCAAGGCCGCCUUUAAAGUAUCUGGAGAAGACGUUAUUGCCGCUGGAUCAAUCAUUCACCUGAUUCUUCAACUCAGGAAGGGUCAAUUCGUAGGUAUUGACCCUGUAGCCAAGGCAGUGGUAGAAGAAAAGGCAGUUGAACCGAGUGAGGAAAACAGUGAUGAGGAAGAAAUGCUGGAUAUUAUUGAAGUAUCAAAGAAGAUCCCCACUUCAAAACUUCCUUACGGUCAUUCCCCCUAUUGCCCAAUCGACAAGAAACCCAAAUGGUGGGUAUUCCUUGGCGAUCCAAAAGUGGAUCGCAUGUUGGUUCAUCCUCGUAUCUUGACGGAUAUUUCAGACGUGGAAAAGAUCAGUAUCCCUUUCGCUGGUCCUCCUCAUCCAGGCACUUAUACUUUUUCAUUUUUCUUAAAAUCGGAUACCUAUUGCGGUAUGGACAUCAUUCAAGACAUUAAGCUGACAGUACGUGAUCCGAAUGAAACAGAAGAUGAUAAAAAUGAAAAGCUCUCCGAACGUCGUCCUUCAGUGACCGAAAGAAAACCAGCAUCUCUUGAAGAUUUAGGAUAAAAUAGAUUCACCCACGUUCAUUUACUGUUAACCGUA